CUUUUUCAAAUUUGAGAAGGUGGUUGAUGAAAGCAAAACCUUAUCUAACUUCAGUGAUUUGUUUUGUGUUUAAUCAUGUUUCCAAGGACAUUAGAUGAGAUCUAUGAUGUCAUUGUUAAAGGUUGGGAGCGAACUGAACAGAGUAAUGGUGUACCAUAUUAUCUCAACCACAAAACAGAGCGAACCAGUUGGGACCAUCCUUACUAUGAUAAACUGAUGACUGAGUUGAGGGAGAUGGACAACAUUAAAUAUGCGGCCUACAGAACAGCAAUGAAACUGCGACACUUGCAGAAGAGACUCAGACUGCAUCAAGUACUCUUGGUAACAGCAUCAAAGGUCCUCACACAGCAUGGCUAUCAGGAUAGUGUGGAUGCCAUCAUUGAUUGUGACGAGUUGAAAUUACUGCUCACUCAGCUGUACAGUAACGUGUCCGAGCUUUCUCAGUCUGAUGUGCUUGUGUAUGCGGAGCUUCUGCAGAAUUUCCUGCUGAAUGCAUAUGAUGUGCAACGCCGUGGUCGAAUCAGUGUGCUGUCUCUCAAGGUUGCUCUGGGAUGCCUCUGCAAUGCUCGACUUUCUGAAAAAUACAAAUUUUUUUACCGACAGCUGUGUGAUUCUAGCUUCUUCAUCAGCAGUAAGAUGUUGGGCUCCUUUCUGCAGAACGCUCUCCAGCUGGCGGAGGUAGUGCAUGAGAGGAAGGCAUUUGGAGGGAACAAUGUGGCUCCAGCAGUGAACAGCUGUAUACGUUUGUCUGGACAAGGACCAGGGGUUAGUGAGGACAGCUUCCUGACUUGGCUGAACAGAGAGCCUCAGACACUGGUCUGGCUACCUACGUUACAUCGAGUAGCAGUGUCAGAAUCAGCAAAGCAUCAUGCCAAGUGUAGUGUUUGCAAAGCAUGCCCUAUAUUGGGAUUCAGGUAUCGGUGUCUACUCUGCUUCAGUUUUGAUAUUUGUCAGCAGUGUUUUCUGGUAGGAAGGACAGGCAAAGGCCAUAAACUGAAACAUCCUAUACAAGAGUACUGUCUGCCGACAUCUUCAAGAGAGGAGGCUAUUGCAUUCAUGAAAACGGUGAGAAACCAGUUGAGCAAGAAGCACAGGGAGAAGACGAAGCCCAAAUAUUUGCCAAUAGACAGCAAUGACUUGUCUGACGUAGAUAUGAACAGGUCAUUUGGAGGUAUUUUACAAGACAGCACUGUCCAAAAUAAAGCCCACUACAUUCAAACCCACCAGAAGUAUGGCCAUAAACCAACAAAUCCAUCAUCCAGCAAUAGACUUCCCAGUAGUGGCAGUCAGUUCAACAGAAAAGUGCUUCAGGAACUGAAACUGCAGAAUGAAAGCAAGGAGAACGCAUCACACAGAAAUGAGUUAGCCCUCAAGGAUGGCAACCAGUUGUCCGUGUCAGUUGAAAAUCCUAUUAACCUGGAGCAAUUGAUAGGUGAACUGGAGACAGAAAACAGGUUUCUUUACGAGUGUUUGGCAGAAGUAAGUCAAAGAGAAUCCUCAGAUACGGAGAGUAAUGCAUCUUUAACAGAGGCAUUGGAAGAUGAGAAGGAAGUGUUGGAAGCCAAGAAUGAAGUCCUGGAACAUCAUAACAGUGUACUGAAUCAUGAACUCAUCCGACUGAGAAAUAGUCUGAAGAUGUCACCAUGGUUGAAGAGACGACUGGCACAGGAUAAAAGUGACGUGCUUGUGAAGGGUCAAGGAAGGAAUAACUCCUUGUUCCAGCAUCAACUUACAUCACCCACAGAUGUAUUCUCAGUGGAUCAGACAGACCUCGCGGACGGCUCCCCUGUCACCAUCGGGGACCUGUGUACCCCUGGGGCAGAUGUACAUGCUUAUCCCCACCGCCAGGACCUGGGCCAUUCCCCUGGUCUGGCCUCAAUCGGCAUGGUCAACAACACGCUUACGGAUGUUGGACAGACCAGUUCAGACAGACUGCCCUUAGCCUGGGAUAGUGUGGAUAACAUUGACAUUACCACAGACACAGCCCAGUUCACACUGCCUUCCUACAGCCAGUCUCACAACUGUCCAGACGCAGAGCGAGAGCUAGACUCAAUGGUGCAGCAGAUUAUCACAGCUUUCCCGUCCAAUAUCUCUCAGUCUUCUCAGUUUGGCCUGUCAAGACUGCUUGGAUCCUCUCCUGAUGUCUUGGGUGUGGCUGAUAGAGUCGGGGUAGCCUUAUCUGAGUUUGUGACAGCUGUGUCAGAUCCCCAAGCAAAGUAGAGGUGAUUCAAACACAGUGUGAAAGUACUGUCACACCGCUAGGCAAAGUAGUGGUGAUAUGAACACAGUGUUAAAGUGCUGUUACACCCCCAAAAUACCAGUGAUAUUAACCCAGUGUGAAAGUACUGUCACCCCCUCAGACAGAGUAGUGGUGAUAUGGAAACAGUGUCAAAGUGCUGUUACACCCCCAAAAUACCAGUGAUAUUAAUCCAAUGUGAAAGUACUGUCACCCCCUCAGACAGAGUAGUGGUGAUAUGGACUUAGUGUUAAAGUACUCUCAUGUGGUAGCAUCAUCUUUUUAUGCAACUGUUGUCAAAACCUGAAGGAAGUGGCAGUGACAGCAGCAAAGUUUAGAGAUGUUUUCAGGCACUAG